AUGACGUCUCAAAAAGAUUUUAACAACAUUAACAACAACUACAAAAACAACAACAACCACAACAACAACAACGUCAACAACAUCAAUAGUAACAACAACAACAACAAAACCAGUAAAAGAACAGAUUGUUCUUCUUUAAAUUGCAACAACAACAACGACGACGACAACGACAACAACAAAAUCGUGACGAUGACGUCAUUGCCGAACGAACCAAUCACAACCUUCGAACACAAACCGCACCAAGUUAAACAAAAGCCGUCAAGUAAAACGACAAAUGAAUCUAAAAAUGACCCGACAGAUAAUGUGCCCUUCAACCUUACUUCAUCCUUCAGCCCCUACCUGCACCCUCCGUCAGUCAUUCACCACACCCCAACCCACCAAUCAGCGUAUGAACUACAACAACAACGCCAACAAAUCAGUCUUCAUUCCUUUACUCCAAAUUUUUACACUCCAUUCAUCCGGCAACACUACUCUUUCAGCCAACAACCAUCAAACACACCAAUACCACCAACAAAUUUUUCCACGAAAGCUUCACCCCUUCAAAUUUUACAUACCGGAAGAGGGUUUGUGCCCCAAAUUUUUAGCGGGCCUUCCUCCACGUUUCGUGGACCAGCCCCUUUUAUGUUUAGUGGGCUGUGUACAUACGCACCAGUGCAUCCAGGGAUGCAUUGCGUAAAACCGAUUCGGUUACCGCCCGAUUUUUAUUCACCCGAAUAUCGGCAGAGCGCAUCGUCGAUUUUCGAAAGAAUCCCUGAAGAGGAGAUGGGUGAUAAAAUUUACAGACCGAAACCUAAAAAGUUGAAAUCGCAAGUGAGGGAUUGUGCAAUUUAUUCGAAAGUUGUCGGGAUGAAGUAUCCGAUACAAACCGACUCAUCGCCAAAUCCGGAUAAAAAUAUUGACAUCCCUAAUUGCGUGGAGGAGAGAAGGAGGAGGAGGAGUAGUGUCUGGUUCAAGAUGAACAACGAUAAAAGGUGCUUUGCAUGCGGUAGGACGUUUAUUUCGAAAGGUUCCUUCAGGUACCAUCUCAGUAGGUGUCACGUUUUAUCCGGUCUGAAUAUCAGAUGUUAA